AUGGCCGUCGACGAUCAGCCAAGGAUAUUGAAACGACAUGAGAUUGUUUACGACGAGGACGACGAUUAUCUCGGUUCUGGAAGGUUCGGCGUCGUCUAUCGAUGUUGUUUGGCGAACUCAAGUGAAGUAGUGGCUGUCAAAGUUUUGGCCACUCCGCACAGACUCAGAAAAAGUGACCUGGGGGAUUUUAUUCGUGAAGCAAAUAUAAUGCAACGUCUCACUGAUUGCCCGUAUGUGAUCCGUUUCUUGGGCUUGUGCAUCGACCCUGGACAUCAUGCGAUUGUUAUGGAAUAUGUGGAGUAUGGGACUCUGGAAGAAAUGUUGUUUUCUGAGGAAAACAAUCACCCAAUUAUCAAACAAUGGGACUGUCGCAUUCGCAUGGCUCUAGAAAUUGCCAAAGGAAUGGACUAUUUACACAGUCUGCCAACACCGAUUAUUCACAGAGAUUUGAAGACAGCGAAUGUGUUAGUGGGUAACAACUACAGCUGUAAAAUCAUUGAUUUUGGGAUGGCAAGUGUACUAGGUAUUUCAACACUAACAUCAGGCCAGAUGCUAGGAUCAGUAGCAUUUAUUGCACCCGAAGUAUUUACUAAAGAAGUCAAGGAGGGGAAAGAAAUGAAAGUCGAUGUUUAUUCAUAUGCAAUGAUUCUGUGGCAGCUUAAAGAAAUGAAGCCACUCUAUGCUGGUCUUUCAUUUUUUAUCAUACAAGACAAUGUCCUGGCUGGCGCUAGACCUUUACUAAGUGAUGAUGACGACUGUAUAGAGGGAUAUAGAGAGGUCAUCACACGUUGCUGGGAUAACCAACCUGAUAGCAGGCUGCACUUCAAAGGUAAAUGA